AUGAAGAGACCUUUCGGAGAAGCUUACAGAAGUCAUGCGGAACAUCCUCAGGGACAACAACGGAAGUUCGUCAAACGGGUGAAUGCUAUUGACGAUGCGACUUCAACCGAUAAAGGAAAACCCGACGAACUGGUUGAGAUGGUAUCUUCUGCGAACGAUUUGGAUGACAUGGUGUGGGUAAAAGUAGGAGGAAUUUUGAUCGAAAUGCAGAUUGAUUCAGGAGUUCAAUCGAAUAUAAUUGACGAUUCAACCUGGGAAACUAUGUGCAGAGACGGAGUACAAGUUCUCUCCGACUUGAUGCCCUCUGAUAGAAAGUUCAGAGCGUAUGCUCAAAAUGACAACUUGAUAGUCACUGUCAUGUUUGAUGCGGAAAUUGAAAUAGCUGACGGAAACAACAGUCGAGGCGAAGUGGCCCGGUUUUACGUCAUCCAAGGGGGACCUCAGCCGCUGUUGGGCAGGCAUACAGCCAAGCAGCUGGGAGUGUUAAUCGUAGGACUACCAAGUCAGCACGAGUUGGUUCAGCAUGUUGAAGUGUCAAAACCAUUUCCGAGUUUCCGUGGAGUGGAAAUACUUUUACCAGUCGACCGUUCAGUUGAACCAGUUUCGCAGAGAUUGAGAAGGUUGCCGUUUGCUACGUUGGAGCGCGUGGAGAAUAAGCUUGAGGAGCUGCUCGCCAAUGAUAUCAUCGAACCAGUAUUCGAACUGAGUCGCUGGGUAUCACCGAUGGUUGUAGUGGUGAAGGAUAGCGGUGACAUCCGUUUAUGCAUUGAUAUGCGGCAGGUGAACAAGGCUAUUUUGCGUGAGACACAUCCUCUUCCUACAAUCGACGACAUUAGAUGGAAGUUAAACGGAGCAACUUGUUUUUCGAGAUUGGACAUCAAAGAUGCUUUCCAUCAGCUGAAACUGGCAGAUGAAAGCAAACCGAUGACCACCUUUAUAACACAUAAAGGUUUAUUCCGUUACAAGCGCUUGAUGUUUGGAAUCUCAUGUGCCCCAGAAGUAUUCCAAAAAACUCUCGAGCAGAUUCUAUCAAGUUGCGACCAUUGCAUCAAUUUCAUUGACGACAUCAUCGUCGCAGGACGUACUGAACAAGAGCACGAUGAGGCACUUAAGAAAGUUUUACAUAAACUUCGUGAAUAUGACAUUCUGUUAAAUCAAUCCAAAUGUCAAUUUAAGUUGUCUGAGAUUGAGUUUGUUGGUCAUCGAUUCGGUGCUUUUGGAAUGGCUCCAUCACAAAGUAAAAUUGAAGCCAUCAAGUCAUUCAGAGCUCCAAAAACUUCUGAAGAGGUACGGAGUUUCCUCGGUCUCGUGAAUUAUGUUGGAGCAUUUAUUCCAGAUUUGGCCACGAUAUCGUUUCCACUCCGGGAGCUCACUAAAGCACAAUCUAUUUUCAAGUGGGAGCAUGAGGAGCAAGAAGCUUUCGACCAUCUUGUUUCAUUGAUUAGUGACGAGAAGAAUUUGGCCCAUUUCGACCGUAAUCUCAAAACAAGAGUAGUUGCCGAUGCGUCACCUGUUGGAUUGGGUGCAGUCCUUCUUCAAUUCUAUGAAGGAAUUCCCAGAGUUGUAUCAUAUGCAAGUAAGAGUUUGUCAGAAACUGAACGAAGAUACGCUCAAACCGAAAAGGAGGCUUUGGCUCUGGUUUGGGCGGUGGAAAGGUUUCAAAUUUACUUGUUAGGAAUUCGUUUCGAAUUGGAGACAGACCACAAACCGCUCGAAGCCAUAUUUUCCGCCAAUUCAACUCCUUGUCUUCGCAUUGAACGCUGGGUAUUGCGGUUGCAAUCAUUUACCUAUGAUGUCAUUUACCGGAAAGGGAAAUCCAAUAUAGCAGAUCCGCUCUCUCGUCUACCAAGUGCAGGAGAGCUGAAGGAGUUUGAUGAAGAUUGUGAGGUCUACAUUCGCAAUGUGAUUGAACUGACUGCAAUUGACGUGAACGAGCUAGAAAAAGCUUCCGAAGAAGAUAUUGAGCUACAAUCCAUUCGUGAAUGUUUGGAUCACGGGGUGUGGAAUUAUACAUCAGAGGUGAUAAAACCGUAUCAUGCAUUCCGAAACGAGCUUGGCAAAGUGGGAAGUUUAAUAGUUCGAGGGUCCAGAUUGGUUAUACCAGGCAGUCUGCGGCAGCGUAUGUUACAACUAGCACACGAGGGUCACCCAGGUCGCACGAAAAUGCAACAACGGUUGAGGUAUUCCUGCUGGUGGCCUGGAAUGGAUGAUAUGAUCGCCCGUAUGGUAGCCACUUGUGAAGGAUGUAGGCUUGUUAGCCAACCGGAACGGCCCGAACCUAUGCAAAGAAGGAAGCUACCCGAAGCACCAUGGAUGGAUAUCGCGAUAGAAUUUCUCGGACCGUUGCCUUCCGGUGACUAUCUGUUAUGGGCCCAGGGACGCCCUGGUGGUGGUUCGGGAAGCGAGGAGACCGAGGUGCGGUAUCCAAGAUACGAUGAGGAGGCCAAUACCCGAUGA